GUACAUCUAAACCGGAGCCUAUAAUCUGGACGGUUCAGUUUGAACCAUGCAAUUUUAGUUUCUAACUGCCUGUGUAUCAUCCAUCACAGUCCGCCAGAGUAUCAUAGUAUUUCUCCAAAUAAUUACUCUUCUUUCGUCCAAUCAAUGCAACCCUUCCCGCCCGAAACCCCUCAUCUUCUUCUUCAAACACCAGAAAAUGUCCUCCAAACCGCCCGAUAUUACCGCCGAUCUCCCUCCCUCCGUUCUGGAUUUCCGAGAGUACGACGACGACGCAUGGUACGGCGUCCGUCUCGUCCUGGAGGGCGAGACGCUGACGGUGAAGUUCUUAGACUUCGGAGACGAGUCCGACAAGCGAUUGGGGCCGUCCGAUUUCGAGGACCCGAAAGCGCUGGACGAUUUCGCGGAACGGUUUCGGCCAACAUCUGUACAGUUACAGGACGGGGAGUGCCGGAGACUGACCGAAGGGAAGACCGUCUGCGCUUCGCACACGUUCGGAGAUAACGACGUUAGGUUCUACGACGCCGUCGUUGAAACGGUAUACUCUUCAGAACAUACAUUUGACAAAGGAGAAGAACAGUGUUUGUGCGAGUUUGUUCUUUUCUGGCAACAUGGUCCAAUUGCGGGGACAAAGACGUUAACGGGUAUUGAACACAUUUGCCUAAUACAGCCUGGAAGUGCAGAAAAUGAUCCAAAUCUGGAUUUCUUUUUGGAAAUAUCAAGAAAGAAACUUGAAUUGCGUUCACAUCGUGCUUCUUUCGUCACUGAACAUGAAAUUUCAGCAAAUGCAUGUGCUGCAUGUUUUAAUGAAACCUGUGGAUCUGCUGUCAAAUGUGAGCCCAACAUGCCUUAUAAACCUCAAACAUUCAAUUCUAAGGAAAAGAAGAAUCCUAGGCAGGGCCAUGUAACACAAACAUUUAAAGGGUAUAGGAAUGUUCGGAAAAAGAUUGGACAGGAUAUGGACUUGGGAGGUGGUGAAUAUUUUUUCACAAAGAGUCUCAACGAAACCAGAAAUUACCAUUAUAUCUUGAUUGAGAACAUGGAAACAGAUUUACCAUUGUCAGUCAUUGUGGAUUUCAUAUAUCAACAAACUUCUGUUUCAUCACACGCCUAUGUAACCCCCAGCUUAUUAUCAGAAUCAUAUACACGGGGAACUAUCUUUUUGGAUGGUCAAGAAAAGCUUGAGAAGUUAUCUAGGUUUUUACACAAUCCCGCUCAUCUCAUCAUGUCCUCAAGAGGAAGACCAUAGGUGAUAGUUGAGAAGGAAUGGAGACUAGGCACAUUUGAAGGCUUGAUGCGCCAACCCAAGAAGAAACCACAGAACAAAAACGAAGACCAUGCUGACAAAAUAAAGGUUGUGCAUAAGGGAACUAUUGAGUAUGAGAAGGGGAAGCAGUUAAGUGAAUUGUUCAUGGAGUUCUGUCAGCAUCUACAGGGCCUCCACAAAAGACUCACACUGGAAGAGAGAAAGAUCUUGCAAUCAGCCUAGAGAUCAGUGGGAGUGGUGAAAGAAGUCCUGAGAUCUUAUUUUUGUAUGUGCAACCAAUUCUGACUACAGAUUGGUCUACCUGAACAAAACAAUGCUACUGCUGAGGAUAUUUUCAUCAAGACGAGAUUGAGCCAUCGAUCAUGUGGACCAGACGAUUCAUCCGGUGCGCUAGUAGCUCUUUACAACUGCCCAUGUCUGGGCUUUAGCUUCCCACAUACCACGAGAAUGACUUUGUUUACAGAGUUUUCACAUGAGUGUUGCUUCUGGGAGACUGAAAAAAAUGCACCUAAAUAUCUUUAGACUACCACUAGAAUGAAUUCUCAGCUAUUUUGGGGAAGUGAAACUGAAGAUGUUAUGUGCAAACCCUUUGUAGAUGGGCCAGAGCUAUAUGGCUAUUUUUGUUAAUUACAAGGCUUUGACAUCAGGAGAUGCAGCUGUAAUUAUUGUCUGUACACAUGAAGAUAUGGACUGUUUAAGACAUUGAAUUUCCAUGCUCAUGUAUUUAUUCUUUUAAAUCUUCCAUUCCUUUCAAGAAAUCUGUUGUGGAGGAA